UCUCCGACGAUGAGUGGAUCGGAUCUCCCUCGAGUUGAAGCAGCAUCAGGUGCAGAUCUCAGCAUCCAUGGGAGCUUCAACGACAGCGGUACUAUCGGUGAGGUCUGGAGCAUCAGUGGCAGCGGUCCGUGGCUCCUCGCCGUCAUGCUGUUCCUCAUCAUUUUGGUGACAGCUUGUGGGAACAUUUUGUUGAUUGCCCUCGUGUUUGCCCACCGGUCACUACGCUGCACCUCCAAUUGCUUCCUGGUGUCCUUGUUCUUGUCAGACUUGAUGGUGGCUCUGGUGGUGAUGCCCCCUGCCAUGCUCAACGUGUUGUGUGGGACCUGGGUGCUGGCGCCCGGCUUUUGCCCCGUCUGGCUCUGUUUCGACGUGAUGUGCUGCAGCGCUUCCAUCCUCAACUUGUGCGUUAUCAGUCUGGACCGCUACCUCCUCAUCAUCUCUCCGCUACGAUACAAACAGCACAUGACCCCGCCCCGUGCCUUGCUUCUCGUGGGUGGGGCUUGGGGUUUGGCAGCCCUGACUUCUUUCCUGCCAAUCAAGAUGGACUGGCACAACUUGGGUCGUACCGAACACGAUUCUGCCAACCACACGGCCUUUAGGUCGAGCUCCUCGUCGUACUUUCAGCUUUCCACUUCGGGAACGCCGUCCACGCAGUGCCGUCUGCGAGUGACUCUUCCCUUCGCCCUUGUGGCGACCUUUCUCACCUUCUUCUUGCCCUCCACAGCCAUCUGUUUCACCUACUGCCGAAUCUUGUUGGCGGCCAGAAGACAGGCACGACAGGUGGAGGCUCUUACUCAACCUCAGUACCCACACCACUCACCUGGCCAACCGUCACGUCCUCCUUCUCCCGGUCACGUAGUCCAGGACGGAGAUGAAUACAGCCAUCAAGAUCCACCGGUACUGCGACACGCUCCGUUGUCGGUGAAUAGCGAGCGCAGACUGGCACACCGGCAAAGAAAGCGAGCUCUGAAAGCCAGUCUAACGCUGGGAGUGCUCCUGGGUCUCUUCUUUAGCGCCUGGCUUCCCUUUUUUAUCACCAACAUGGCACAGGCGGUAUGCGAGUGCGUGCCACCCUCGCUUUUCGAUGCCAUCACCUGGCUGGGAUACUGUAACAGCACCAUGAACCCGAUUAUAUACCCUCUAUUCAUGAGGGACUUCAAGAGGGCACUGGCGCGACUUCUACCCUGUUGCUCUUCCUCGCACGCCCCACGUAGGCCAUCGCCGCCGCUUUCCCUUUCUCUGCGCAACUCAGGGGACCCGCAGCUGCCUUCGGAAACCCCUUCGCUCGUGUCUGAUCCGCCGCAGCCGCCAGCGACGGCUACGGAUGCCGUUAACCUACUCGAGGCAGAACAAGCCGGGAUUGAUCUGCCUCUUCUGCUGCCCAACCAGGUCGAUACGUUGGACGAUUGA